CAAAUGAAAGAUCUCACGUGCGGAACCAAACUAUGACCUUUGUCUGAUCAUUUCGUCUCUCUCUCUCUCUCAUUUGUUCUAUCUAUGCAUCACACAAAAUUUCAACUUUUUUUUUGGUUCAAAUUCUCUAUACGCAGAAGUGGAGUUAGUAGUAACCGUUGGUCUUUGUGGGUUUGCAAGUAUUAUCGUCGCUGUUUCCAAUAAUCCUAAAUCAGUUCACAAGAAUCUGAUUUAAACAGAUUGUGAUGUUCUGUUUUCUUUCUCUUUUUUUUUUUUUUUCCUUUUAAUCCUUGCAAUAUGCGAAAGUACGAGUCUUUUUGCCCGAGAAAAUAGCAGUUUUCCUAAAGCUAAAGCUAAAACUAAAAGCUAAAGUAGUGUGGAUUUUCUAGAUGCCAAGUUUCGGUUUUUGAGCCUUUUUAAGCUCUUUUCUGGUUUUCGUUUUUCUCGUUUCUUCGCCGACAAAAACCCCCGGAAAUAUCGUGGAUUUCUUCGAUCGGCGAUUUCAAAAAUUUGAACUUUUUUUUUUAAAGCUUUGAGCUCUUUCUUCGGAAGAUUUUCAAAAUGGGUCUGUGUUACUCAGUAGAUAGGACUACUGGGAAGGAACCUGGAGAAACAAGCACCACCGCCACUACGGCGGAUGAGAGAUUAGGCUCCGGAAGAUGGCGGCGGCCUAGAGAUUUAAAGGGCGGCGGCGAUAUCGAAGGGAUUCCACAGGUUUUGGGUCGUUUGGUUUCGAAUGGUUCAAGUAAGAUUGCAUGUCUUUACACACAGCAAGGCAAGAAAGGAACUAACCAAGACGCCAUGCUCGUCUUUGAGAACUUUUGUUCCAGAGACGAUACAGUGUUUUGUGGUGUAUUCGAUGGACAUGGACCAUUUGGUCAUAUGGUUGCUAAGAAAGUCCGAGAUACAUUGCCCUUCACACUCUCAACCCAGUUGAAAACGGCCUCAGAGUCAGACCAAAGCAGCUUAGUUGGUGCGAAUGGUUUUCUGAUCAAAUGUACAGAGGAAGAGGAAAUGCAGACAACUGAGUCUGAAGAAGUGCAGAAAACUGAGUCUGUUACUACUAUGGAUGAGCAAUGGUGUGAGUUAAAUCCAAAUGAGAACAACGAUGAACUUCCGGAGAUGUAUCUGCCUCUUAAACAAGCGUUGCUUAAGUCUUGUCAGCAGAUAGAUAAAGAGCUGAAGAUGCAUCCAACUAUUGAUUGCUUCUGCAGUGGAACAACUUCAGUCACUUUGAUCAAGCAGGGUGAGGAUUUGGUGGUUGGAAAUAUUGGUGACUCGAGAGCCGUUCUUGCCACGAGAGAUGAAGACAAUGCUUUGCUCGCUGUACAAUUAACUGUGGACUUAAAACCAGAUUUGCCAGGUGAAUCAGCGAGAAUCCAGAAAUGUAAAGGAAGAGUCUUUGCAUUGCAAGACGAGCCUGAGGUAGCUCGUGUAUGGUUACCAAACAGCGAUUCACCUGGUUUAGCAAUGGCUCGAGCUUUUGGAGAUUUUUGUCUCAAAGAUUACGGAUUAAUCUCUGUUCCAGAUAUCAACUACCGCCGCCUAACGGAACGAGACCAAUUCAUUAUUCUUGCUAGCGACGGGGUAUGGGAUGUGUUGUCGAAUAAAGAAGCUGUUGAUAUUGUUGCUUCAGCUCCUAGUCGAAACACAGCGGCUCGAGCUCUAGUGGACACAGCGGUUCGAUCAUGGAGAAUCAAGUACCCAACUUCCAAGAACGAUGACUGUACUGUAGUCUGCCUCUUUCUACAAGAUUCAUCAGUAGCCAUGGAAGUUUCAAGCAAUGUAAUGAAGCAUUCACACAAAGAAGAGUCCAUAGAGAGUGUCAGUAACAGUACAAGCAAGGAGGAGGAUGAGAUUGUCCCCGUUAAAGACGAGAAAAUCCCUGCAAGUUGCGGGAUUGAGUCGAAGAUGAUGACAAUGACACUUGCGGAAUGUAUCUCGGUUGCACAGGAUGAUGAAGAGUGGUCUGCUUUGGAAGGAUUGACAAGGGUUAACAGUCUAUUGAGCAUUCCAAGGUUCUUAUCUGGUGAGCUUAGAUCAACUAGUUGGAGAAAAUGGUUGUGACUUUUUUUUGACUUGUGUGAUUCUAAGUUAAAGCCCACAAAUACACAAUGGAUAUCACGAUGUUCUUUUGUUUCAUAUCCAACUCUUUUUUUUUUUUUUUUCUUUUCUUGGAAGUUAUUUGCAGAUAUAUAAUCUUUUGUUUCAAUUAGUCUUUCAGAAGACAUGUGAGACAUUGGUCACGUUUGUUGUAGACAAA